AUGUGUGUGAUAAGAUAUCCACCAUCGUCAUGUACGAAUUGACUCAUUACUCAGGCAACAAAAGAAUGUAUUAGAGUUCCAAAGCCAAUGUAUAAAAGCGUGUGUCUGUUAUCGUAAUUCCAUGCUUUAUUAUAAAAUAGCAUAUGAUUUUUAUCAGUUUCAAGCUAGAUUCAAACGGAAAAUUGAUUGAAAUCAACAUUCCAUUUCAGUUUUCCAUUUUUAUUGCUUCAAUUUAUUUAUGAAAAUAUAUUUUCUUAUUCAUUUUUUGCAAGAACCAAAUUCGUAUUGCUGUGAAAAUUUCAGACAAAACUCAUGAUGAAAUCUAUAUCUCUUUAUUAAAUAUAUGUAAUUUAUCAAUGCAACAAAGCAUAAACGAAGUAAAAUGCGAGUUAACUUGCACAAUUCACGAAAAUCCAAUAAGAUUAAAUAAAUGAACGUUUGACCAAUAGAUGGCAUUGCAAUAUAUUUAGCAGAGAACAAAUCCACAAACAAUCAACAGAAUUCGUUACCAAUAAACACGCUCUAAUUCAACCAAAAACUCCAAAAUUAUUACAACAAUUGUUGAAGAUUGAAAAAAUACUCAUUUCCUCAUAUUCCAUCGACUCUUAAGAAAGAAAAAAAACCAAAAUUAGUUCGCAGUCAUUUGAAAUCAUUUGCAAGGAAAGUGAACGAAAUAUUGAAAGUAUUGCCUCAAGUGUAUCAGCACGUGCUGUCAAACAAUGUUGACAUUUGCUUCGUCUUCGUGAUGUUUGACGAGCGGGAAAUCGUAACUUCGCAUUAAACACAAUUUGAAAGCAGAGUGAAACAAUCGCUUUGAAAAUUAUUCAACUGAAACUGUUCACAAUCGAAAGAGUAUCCUGUAAAUAAUUUCGACGAUAAAGUGAUCAAUUCCCGUUGUAUUUGUUUAUCAAGUCAAUUUUAUUAGUUUUUUCUAUCGUUUGUGAAUCAGAAUUCAGAACAGUGAAAAAAGAUGUCUAAUGUUAAGGGAACAGCAGUGAAACCGUCGCAAGCGCUAAAUUUAGAUGUUAAUCAACAGAAGAAGUUCAUUCGAUUCUACAAAGGCUUAGGCGACAAACCAACUACGACAGUUCGAUUUUUCGAUCGAAAUGAUUACUACAGUUUGCACGGUGAAGACGCCCAUUGUGCUGCCAAGGAGAUAUUCAAAUCGACGGCAAACGUCAAAACAAUGGCCCCGGAUGGUGUUCCACCGGUCGAUUACGUUUGCUUGAACAAAGGAAACUUUGAAGUUCUGUUGCGUGACCUCCUGCUGGUCAAAAACUAUCGCGUUGAAGUCUAUACAAAAUCAACGCAAGGAAGUGAAUUCACAUUGGAAUACAAAGGAUCGCCCGGAAAUUUGAUUCAGUUCGAAGGAUUGCUCUUCAACAACACAGAAAUGGUCGUUGGCUCAUCGAUCAUCUCGGUCAAUUUGAAACAGACCGGUGCACAGAAGUCGAUUGGAAUCGCGUGCGUUGAACAAAAUGAGCAGACAUUUUCAGUGAUCGAAUUCGACGACAAUGACUUUUACUCGGAACUGGAAGCAACAAUCGUUCUGCUUGGACCGAAGGAAGCUCUAUUGCCAUCAGCUGAUGGAGAAUUCGAACGUAUUGUUCAAUUGCUCGAACGAAAUAACGUCAUGGUCACCACACGGAAAAAGUCCGAGUUUUCACUCGAAAAAUAUGAUAUCGUCCAAGAUCUGAACAAACUGCUUCAUUUCAAAGAAGGCCAACAAGAGAAUGCAAACUCUUUGGAUGUAGUGAAAAUGAAAUUGGCAAUGUCAUCGUUGAACGCGGCCAUUCAGUACUUGGAUUUGAUGUCGGAUCGAUGCAAUCACAGUCAGUACAGAAUGGUUUUGAUGAAUCUCAAUCGAUUUGUGCAUUUGGAUGCAGCCGCUGUUUCAGCGUUGAAUUUGCUGCCGAAACCAGGUACAGCUAUCAAUUCGCCUGCAUACAAAUGGCAAAGCAUUUUGGGCGUAUUGGAUCGUUGCCAAACACCGCAAGGUCAUCGUUUGAUGGCACAAUGGGUUAAGCAACCACUUCGAAACGAAGAAUUGAUCAAAGAUCGUCACAGUAUCGUUGAAUGUUUCGUCGAUGCGAGCACAGGUCGAGCAGACCUCUAUGAAGAUCAUAUGAAGCGAAUGCCAGACAUUUUGAUGCUUGGCAAGAAACUGUUGCGAAAGCGAGCAACACUACAAGACAUUUACCGUUUGUACCAAGUUGUCAUUCGUGUCCCGAAGAUCGUAGCCACAUUGGAAGAACUAGAAUGUGUUACGAUUAAUGAAGUACUAUGUGGUCCCAUCAAAGACGCACUUGUCGAACUCGCCCGUUACAAGAAAAUGGUUGAGGAAAUCAUUGAUGUUAAAGCGAUUGAAAAGGAUGAAUUUUUGGUUCGUUCCUCGUUCGAUGAAAAACUAAAAGAACUGAAAGAAUCGAUGGACGAAUUCGAAACGAAAAUGGAGAAGGUACACUCCAAGGCAAUCAGCGAUCUUGGAAUCGAAUCAAUGAAACUGGAAUAUGUAUCGCAUUUGGGCUAUCAUUUCCGUGUGACUCUGAAAGAUGAAGGAGGUUUGCGCGGAAAUAAGAAGUACAAGCGAAUUGAUGCGCUCAAAAAUGGAGUGCGAUUCACAAACGAAGCGUUGGAACGUUUGAAUGAGGACUUCUUACAUUCCAAAGCAAAGUACGAAGAGCAACAGGAGUCGAUUGUUGCAGGAGUGAUCGAAGUUGCAUCAGGUUACAUAGGCACUUUCACACGGCUCAAUAAUCAAAUAGCCGAAUUGGAUUGUCUGUUGAGCUUUGCGAUAGCAGCCGUAUCAGCACCCACACAAUAUGUUAAACCGAAAAUGUUCGAUCAAGCACCACGCGUGCUUGAUCUCAAAGGAAUGCGACAUCCAUGCUUGGAGCUGCAAGAAGAUAUCACUUUCAUUGCCAACGACGUGACGUUCAAAGAUGAUGAAACGAAUAUGUACAUCAUUACAGGACCGAACAUGGGCGGUAAAAGUACAUACAUUCGAUCGGUUGGAGCAGCAGUGCUCAUGGCACACAUCGGAUCAUUCGUAGCAUGUGACGUAGCUUACAUUCCACACGUCGACUCGAUUCUGGGCCGCAUCGGAGCUGAUGAUAACAUGAGCAAAGGUCUGAGCACAUUCAUGGUCGAAAUGAUUGAGACCGCUGGCAUUAUUCGAACCGCAACAUCAAAAUCGUUGGUAGUGAUCGAUGAAUUGGGUCGAGGAACGUCAACCUAUGAAGGUUGUGGCAUUGCUUGGUCGAUUGCUGAGCAUUUGGCCAAAGAAACGAAAUGCUUCACUUUGUUUGCCACUCAUUUCCAUGAAAUCACGGAUUUGGCCAACACAGUGCAUACGGUGAAGAACAGUCACAUGGUUGCCGUAUCGGAUAAAGAUACUUUUACGCUGUUGUAUCAGGUGCGACCGGGCGUUAUGGAUAAAAGUUUCGGUAUUCACGUCGCGAAAUUGGCAAAUUUCCCGAAAGAAGUCGUUGAACUAGCGCAAAAGGUUUACGACGAAAGCGAGGAUCAUUAUUCGCAAUUGAAGUCUCAAGACGAUGAAAACGCGGCGAAAAUCUUCGUGGAUGCGAUCGAAAAGCUGAUGGAAGUUGACACAGAGUCGUCAGCUGACGCACAAAUCACCGAACUCGUGGAAAGUAUUCAGAAGAAGGUCAAAAACUCCAACAACGCUUACUUCCGAGAACAAUUCCCACAGCUGUUCAACUGAACGAACAGGUUGAUUUUCACUUUGUGAUAACGCAUAUGAAUACUCAGUACAAUUUCUAUAUUUUGAUGUCCGAAAUUUCAUAAUUCGUAAGCCAUAUUUUUUUUUUAUUGAAUCUGUUGACAGUUUGAAUCCACACGAAGAAAAGUAUACGAUUUCUAUAUAAUUGGUUAAGUUUAAAACUCUGGUACAAUCCAUUUGUCAUAAGUGUUACAAAAGUGUGAAUGAUUCAGAAAAUCGAUAAUAAAUAUCUCAAAUAAAUCCUA